AUGAGUCAACGAUACAACGAUACAAACAAAUACGGUGAUGUUCGAGUAACGGAUCUGUCGCUAAGAGAAAAAACAAGAAGAGUGAUGUUAUCCUUUAGACUUUGCAUGGUGUUAAAGAAAGCUGGCUCUGAAUUCAUUGAAGACAUAUUUAUGAAGGAAGUAAAGACUGGCAAAUAUUUUACAGGUCUUCAAAUCAUAGAAGGCAGUGUUGAAUUCAAGGCAUUUGGUAAGUCACAUUCAGUCACGGCUAGAAGCAAUAACUACAGAAACAGCAUCCUACAAGAAAGCACCAGCUGGGAUCUCAAAUGAAGGUUUUAAGCUGAAAGGGCAUAUUUAAUGCAUUAUAAUCCCAACAAAGGUCAAACUCUCACAUCAGAGAGUACUUGAUAAUUAUUGGGAAGCCUGUGGGAAUGCCUUAUCUAAAUAGUGUUCGUCGUCUUUGCUGCAAAAAGAUGGCCAGGAUGGACCACUUUGUCCGUCCCCAUGGGAUGAUGCCUGAUCUUUUAAUAAUUAUUAAAGGGAGGGGUAGGUCAUUCCAGAUAUACAGGCUUGGAACAAAAAAUUGUGGAAUGCAUUAUUUUAUAACUAGACUUUAACUUUCUAGGGGUAAAGCUCACAAACUGGAAAGCUAAAGAUGGCGAGUGUGCAAAGUGUUCACAGGGAGGCGGUGGUCCGUUUGUGAUAGAAGCUGGAAAAAGCGAGCCAAAAGCUGGAUACAGCUGUAACGGUUUCAAGAAAAUGGAAAAGUCAAGUGAUUGUGUCAAAUACUGUGAUUCAAAUGUUGGUAAGAAAAAAUGAUAUAUUGACUGUUCUCCGAUGAAGGAGUCGCCCCAUGUAAUUGCUGAAUUUUACGUAAACCUAAAUAAAUUCAAAUUAUAGGCUUGUUUUCAAUCAUCCAUGUCGUCACGGCAAUGAUCCAAAUCCUUCUUUUAACCCAAUAAAUUUUAUUUAUAAAUACAUUUUGCCCGUACCAAAUGUGAGAUUUACACCUGCCACAAGUCUUAGAUAUAACAUCCCAAUGAAUGAUGCGACUCACAACCCAUCAAACUAUACUCAGCCACCUUAAGAAUAAUGACAUUCUCAUGACUCGACUUACGCCGUACAAUAAACGACAAGGAUCAAGAUGGCUGCAUAGGAGGUGAAAAGUAUGUCAGUCGAUAAUAAGCAAGCAAGUUUUUAAUUUAAAUACUUCUUACUAACAUCACGAUUUUUUUUUUCAGCGGCUGUAACACUUUCUUCGUCUGUAUUUACGCUGGGGAUCCUUUUUUUUUUCAGGUAACUUGAUUUCCUUAACCUAAUUAAGCUAAUUUAAGCUAAGCAAGGAUACAACUGUCUCCAGUUUGUCCAGAUACAUGUUACACCGGUAGAGACUGAAUUAAUAUUGAACUUGAUGCGGAGGAAAUAAGAGAAAGGACAGUACACUAAAAUAGUCGAUCAAUAAGAUUUCGCCUCAUGUAAUGGAGUCCAAGAAAGUCAGUUGGAUUCUUGAUUCCACGCCGUGGAAUCCAGAUUCCUAGUACUGGAUUCCAGUCUUCGUCGGUGGAACUUGGAUUUAGUGGGAUUCCAGAUUCGUUUAGCUGUAUUCGGGAUUUCAAAGCCAAGGACCUUUUCGCGACACCACAACAGGUUUUCCCGCGAAAUGACAUCUAAGAAACGACUGCCGAAACACUACCCAGAACUUGGUAGUACAACCUCAUCAGUUUGGAAUUUCUGUAGUCGCUCCCCAUUCUAGUGAGGAGGGUCUCAUUGGGGUGGUAGCUUUGACGGUUGAUUCUUAAUGUUAGAGCUUUGGACGGUNGGGGGGGGGUGGAAACAGAGGGAGGGUCACAACUUUUUGAGACUCAGAAAAGGGAGGGGUCAUAAAAAAUGGGCUGUUAAAAGGGGGAGGGUCAUGCAAAUAUAUGCCCGUGAUCAUGUAGAGGUUCACCCACAGAAGAAAAAGGAAGUUCUUUAUCUGUUAAAAAAAAGGGGAAAAAAAAGAACAACGGAACAUUAUGGAUAUUAACUGUGAAGUAGUAUUGCAAGAAUUUAACAAACAUCUACUUUUCAUUUAUAACAAUGCUAUAGAGUCUUAUUGCAAUUAUGAAUAAUGUUUUUAAUGUUAGUAGAGUUUUGGCUAUUCUUUUCAUCACUGUCUUCAGCAUCACCAUCAAUGCUGCUGUGAGCAUCUUGAUCAUCAUAAUUUAUGUCAUCAGCAUUUUAUUUAUUUUAUUGGCUUCGCAUUGAUACAAUCACUUUCAUCACUAUCAUGAUUUUCAUUUAAGUUGAAGCGUAGAUAUUGCUUGAUAAUUUCCUGUGAUUCAUUGAUGAACAAUCCCUUCUCAAAGGCAUAUUGGUUAUGGCCUUUGUGUUUUGAGGCAGAGCCCACUUAUUAAUUCAUAAUGAAGAGAUUAUGAGCCAAUAAGCUCUGUAUUCAACAUCAUGCAACUCUCGCUGAGAUGCAAUGGUUCCAAUAACUCUUUUGCAGUUAGCUUCCAUUCUUUUUGCCCUAGCUUUUUUUUUUGCUUUCCUUUUAUUUUGUUUUUGUUUCCUUCCUCUUUUUUCUUGUUGGCUUGGAAUACUACACCCUAAAGAGCCUGGAAGAUUUUUCUUUCAAUUCUGUAAGGUGGGGAGGGUCAUGAUAUUUUAGGCCAAGCUCAAGGGGAGGGUUAGCAAAUUUCACUCCCAUUGCAGGGAUGGGUCACCUAAUUUCCUCACCCAAAUUUAAAAUUCCCACCUCCCCUCCCCCCCUGCUAAUUUCUGACAAGUCCCUUCCAUGGGGUGAAUCACAGAUUACUAAAGCUGUAGUUAAAGUGGAAUUAAAGAGAUGAAAUACAGUGGACCUUCUCCACAAGGAGACUGCAGAGACCGUUGUAGGGAGUUGCUCAUUUUACUGGAAGGCUAAAAACAUUUUGGUCUCAGUAGAGGGCGGGAAUAACUCCAUUGUUUUCAAGACCUUUGAUAGUGAGUAAAUGCGCUGAGGAAGAAGACGAGAAGAAAGGAAAGUAGGCCGUUGUAGUGAAGUUGCCACUUCUAAGCUUUCGACUGCAGUGCAUGUUGAGCCUACAAGUACGUUUUAAUUAGAGAGACUCUUUUGACUGGGGCAUUUCUAAAAGCAUGGCCUUUUUCUUUUGCAGCUUUAAUAUGUGGAAGUGACUGAGUCGUUUCGAAGAUAGUGGAAACGAGUCAAACCGGAACCUGAAUUUUUCAAAAUCCUGUUUGUUUAUCAAAAGGAAGCUUUAGCACCAACGACGGCGACGGCUAGGAAAACGUCACUUAAAAAGUGAAUUCGCGCUACUUCAAACUUCAACGCGCUUAUUCCAGCUCGUUCAAUUCGUUAAAUGUUGGCAAUUUUUUCUGAAGUUAAAUUCUAAACGACUGUAUCAAAGUUCAGGAAAAGAAGAAGAAAGUCGUCGUCUUGUGUUCGCGUCCUCGACAAAAGGUGAAAUUAGGCACUAGAGAGAUCAAGAGUCACGUUUACGGCAAACGGCAAACGUCAAAUUCAAGUUAAGAAUUUCUCAGAAUAGAAAAUAAGUAGAUAAAAACUGUCCAAGAAAAUUCUUAUGGAUAGCACUGGCAUGAAACCGCUUAUUUUUUGAGUAGAAAUAAUAAACAGUUAACGACAAUUAAGGGGAAAACUUGGUCAUGUGGUACUACUUCACGUUUGGCGAAAACCUGACUCUUAAUCUCUCUAAUUUCACGUUGUAGUCGUGCAGCCACGGCAAAGAAUGUAAGGAAGCGUGAUGCACGUGUCAUGUUUUUGUUUUACGAAUCUAGACCGAUUGCUUUUCUGCUUUUUCGUUGCCGUUGCCGUUGCCGUCGUCGUUGCUAAGCUCAUUUUUUUAAAAAACUCUCCUCUCCUGCCAGGAUUUCUACUUCGCGUUAACUCCCCGCUCUGAAUACAACAGUACAACUCAGAAUACAAUUUUAUGUAAAAAUUCGAUCGCAUUUAUUUUUUCAGUCAUAGGACUUCAGUUUAAGCGUCAAGUCUGAUUUUUUUUCUUUUUCGUCUUCGAUUCUUAGUGUGCAAUAUACAAAUUAAACAUAUUAUUAUUCAGAAGAGUGCGAUCUUUAAACAGCGGAAAGGUGUCUUUGAGAUCAUUACAUACUAGUUACCGUCACAGAUUUUUUGGGGGGUUUUUAUUUGGUAAAACAAUUUAUGUUUAUUAUUGAUCAUCAUAUUUAACUCUCUUUUCGAAUCAUUUCAGCGAACCCUAUUAAUAUACAAAUCACUAUUAAAAGAAACUGUAAUUGAACACUGCAAAUAGCAACCCUACGCAAUAUUUUAAUCUUCACUGAAACUUCAAAGAAAAAAUCAAAAUCACUUAAAAAGCAGACUUUGUAAUUAUUUUAUCUUAUAGAGAAAUAGAGAAAUGCGAUUAUUAUUAUUAUUAUUAUUAUUACUAUUAGUAGUAGUAGUAGCAGCAGCAGCAGCAGCAGCAGCAGCAGUAGUAGUAGUAGUAGUAGUAGUAGUAGUAGUAGUAGUAGUAGUAGUAGUAGUAGUAGUAGUAGUAGUAGUAGUAGUAGUAGUAGUAGUAGUAGUAGUAGUAGAAGAAGUAGUAGUAGUAUCAUUAUCAUGUGGGUUCGAGAGAUCACGACAUAAAUAAUUGCUUUGAAGUCGCAGUCUCGUAAAAGAGAAAGAAAAAGGAAAACAUUUUCCAAACAUGACUGAUGGAUCUAUGUUCAUGAUGUGCCUGUUCCUCGGUAGUUUGAGGAUACGAAGAAAUAUUCAUUGCAACAAAUAGUCUUCAUCAAAUUGCAAUUGUCAUCUGUUUAGUUGUUUUUUUUCUGUUGUUGGUAUGUUUUUAGGCAUAGGUUCGAUUUUCUCUUCGCAAAAUAAGCGACAUCUCUAAUAGCGCAACCUCGUCCCCAGGUCCUCUCAGUUUCCGCUGUUGA